CAAAACAAGAAGAAGAAAAAGGCUUCUCCUCUUUCCUUUCCAUUGCUACUAAAUACCAACAAUUGGUACCCAAUCUUUACUCAUUCUCUCAACAACACUUUUUCCAAGUUCAAAACAAAAAAACAAAAAACAAAAGCUUCACUCCAAAAAGCAAAGCAACCAAAAUCAAUAUCGUCCUCGUCUCAGAUACAUUAAGAACUUCAAAAGGUGGAUAUUAUUUUGACAUGGAAGCAGACACAGCAACCACAGAUGUACCAGUGGUACAGGUUUCAGAAAAGAUAGAGGGCAAAGACGAUCUUAUCAAGGUGUCCAAUGGUGAGAAGGAGCACGAAGAGUCUGCUUUUGAUGGAGAGUUUAUUAAAGUAGAGAAGGAAGCUUUGGAAUCGAAGGAUGGUUCACAUGCUGCAGCUGAAGCUUCUCCUGCACAAGGCAAAGUAUAUGCUGUGAACCGGAGCUCAAAUAUUUCAUCUGCUAGCAGAGAAUAUCUUGAAGCACAAGAAAAGGCUAACGAACUUGAGCUUGAAUUGGAAAGAGUUGCUGGAGCAUUAAAAGACACCGAAUCUCAAAAUGUGAAGUUAAAGGAUGAAUUGUCGCUCACAACAGAGAAGCUGGAGGAAACUGCAAAGAAAUUUGAAGAGCUUGAACUUGAUCACAAGAAAUUACAAGAGCAGAUUGCAGAAGCAGAAACCAGAUCUAAUACUGAGCUUAACGCGUUGCAAGAGGCACUACAAGCUCAUGAAUUGAAUAACAAGGAGCAUGUUAAUGUUAAGGAGGCAUUUGACAGACUUGGCCUCGAGUUUGAAAGCUCACAGAAGAAGAUGGAAGAGCUUGAGCAGGCGCUGCUGGCUUCUGCAGGUGAGGCUCAAAAGUUUGAGGAGUUGCACAAACAAAGUGGCUCACUUGCAGAAUCAGAGACAAAGCGGGCCUUGGAUUUUGAGAGAUUGCUGGAGUUGUCGAAACAGAGUGCAAAAGAAGUUGAAGACCAGAUGGCUUCCUUACAAGAAGAACUCAAGGGCCUAAACGAGAAGAUUGCCGAAAAUCAGAAGGUUGAAGAAGCACUCACAACUACAGCUUCAGAGCUUUGUAAAGUUCAAGGAGAGUUAGAGAUCUCAAAAUCACAAGUGCAAGAUAUUGAGAAUAAACUUGCAUCAAAAGAAGCUCUGAUAGAUGAAUUAAGCCAAGAGAUAGACGUGAGAAAAGCUUCUGAAUCUCAGGUAAAGGAGGAUAUUUCGUCUCUUGAGCUUUUACUAUCAUCCACUAAAGAAGAUCUUCGGGCUAAGGCGUCUGAGUUGGAAGACAUAGAGUUGAAGCUUCAGGAGGAAGUAGGUUUAAAGAAACAUAUUGAAGCUAAACUGAAAAGCCAGGAAACACAACUCUCAGUGUCUCAGGAGGAGCUGGCCAAACUAUCUAUAGAGAAAGGAGCUCUUGAAGCUUCUGUAGCCGAGCUAAACAAUGAUGUGGUUCAGAUGAAGGAAUUGUGUAGUAAUCUAGAGGUGCAAUUGCAGCUCUCAGAUGAGAAAUUCUGCAAUGCAGAUUCUCUUCUUUCUCAAGCUUUAGCAAACAGUGCGGAGCUGGAACAGAAGCUGAAAUCAUUGGAAGAGCUUCACCAUGAAUCUGCACAUGCCAUAACUACUGCCAACCAGAAAAUUUUUGAGCUUGAGGACAUGCUACACAUUUCCAAUGCUGCUAUAGAAGAAGCAAAAUCCCAACUUAAAGAAAUGGAGAAUCGUUGUGUUGCAGCUGAAGAAAGGAAUGUGGAACUAGAACAGCAACUAAAUCAAGCGGAACUGAAAAACAAUGAUAUGAAGAAAGAAUUAGAGGAGUUCUCUGGGAAAGUUUUUGAACUAAAUACCACCCUUGAGAAGACCCUGGAAGAAAGGGAACAGCUGGAUGCCAGAUUGCAGGAGUACGGGAAGAAUAUAGCUCAUUUGGAUUCUGAGUUGGUCGAAUCAACUGCUCGUAAUUCAGAACUUGAAGCUGAGCUUAAAAAUAUUGCUGACAAGUGUGCUGAACAUGAAGGUCGGGCCAACACUACUGAUCAACGCAGCCGUGAAUUAGAGGACUUGAUGCUGGUAUCACACUCGAAAGUAGAGGAAUCCAGCAAAAAGGUUAGUAACUUGGAGCUAUUGCUCGAAACAGAGAAAUAUAAGACUCAGGAGCUUGAAGAACAAAUAAGCACAUUAGAAAAGAAAGGUGUUGCGGUGGAAGCAGAAUCCAAGAAGCAUUCUGACAGGGCAUCUGAGCUUGAAGCAGAAGUAGAGGCAUUUCAGACAAAAUUGUCAAGCCUUGAGGCUGCUGUGGCAGAGACCAAGGAGAAGGAGAGGGAAUUGAGUCAAUUCCUGAAGAGUGUGACAGAGGAGAAGAUAAACUUAGAGGAUGUCUACAAGAGGGAACUGCAGGAGUUCUCUGGGAAAGUUUCUGAACUAAAUGCUACACUUGAGAAGACCAUGGAAGAAAAGGAACAGCUGGAUACCAGAUUGCAGGAGUACGAGGAGAAAAUAGCGCAUUUGGAUUCUGAGUUUGUCAAAUCAAGUGCUCAUAAUUUGGAACUUGAAGCGGAGCUUAGAAGUGCUGCUGACAAGUGGGCUGAGCAUGAAGGUCGGGCCAAUACCACAGAUCAACGCAGCCGUGAAUUAGAGGACUUGAUGCUGGUAUCACACUCGAAAGUAGAAGAAGCUGGAAAAAAGGUGAGGAACCUGGAGCUACUGCUCGAAACGGAGAAAUAUAGGAUUCAGGAACUUGAAGAACAAAUAUGCACACUAGACAAGAAAUGUGUGGCAGCAGAAGCAGAAUCUAAGAAGCACUCUGACAGGGCAUCUGAGCUCGAAACAGAAGUAGAGGCAUUCCAAACUAAAUCGUCAAGCCUUGAGGUUGCUCUGGUGGAGACCACGGAGAAGGAGAAGGACUUGAGUCGAUGCCUGAACAGUUUGACAGAGGAAAAGAAAAACUUAGAGGAUGUGUAUAGGAUUUCAAUUGAAAAACUUGCUGAAACAGAAAACUUGCUUGAGGUCCUGCGUAGUGAAUUGAAUGCCACACAACAGAGACUGGAAAGUAUUGAAAAUGAUCUUAAUGCUACUGUGUUGAGAGAGAGUGAGGUGAUGGAGAAGCUCAAGUCAGCAGAAAAGCAGCUAGAGCAACAAGGAAGAGUUUUGGAGAAAGCAACAGCUCGAAGCAUAGAGCUUGAGUCAUUGCAUGAUACUCUGAAAAUGGAUGCUGAGCUCAAACUCCAAGAGGCAACUGGCAAAUUUGUUACGAGAGAUUCAGAGGCACAAACAUUGAAUGUGAAACUGAAGGCUCUUGAAGAUCAGCUAAAGAGUUACGAGGAGCAGAUUGGUAAAUCUGCUGAAAGCUUUUCAGCUGUGAAGGAAGAACUGGAUCAGGUGUUGGUGAAGCUGGCUUCAUCUGAAACUGACAAUGAGGACCUGAAAAAUAAAAUAUUGGAGGUAGAAGAAAAAGCUGCAGACAUUUUAUCUGAAAACCAACAAUUAAUGGAGACAAAUGUGCUUCUUAAGAGCAGGGUGAGUGAUCUUGAAGAACUGUUAAACUCAGCCCAUGCAGAAAAGGAAGACAGCAUUCAACAACUAGUUUCUCAUAUGAACACCAUCACAGAACUAAAAGAUCAGCAUUCCAAAGCCUCUGAACUUCAAUCGGCAACUGAAGCCCGCAUAUCAGAAACGGAGGCAAAGCUGCACGAAGCCAUUCAAAAGUUCACCCAGAAAGAGUCUGAAGGUAAAGAGUUAAUGGAUAAGCUAUACUCUCUUGAAACUCUGGUGAAAACAUAUGAAGAGCAGGUUCGUGAAACAGCUAAUCCGGCAGAAGCUCGAAAAGUGGAACUAGAGCAAAGCCGUAAGAAUUUGAGUGAUCUUGAAACCAUUGUUGAAGAGCUAAAAGGGAAGUGUACCGAACUUGAAAAGGAGAAAGAAGGACUUACUAUGGAGAACUCAGAGCUAAAGGGAGAAGUGGCCUCAAAUGGCUCUAUACUCAAUGAUUUAGAAGCCAAAGUGUCAGCUGCAUUUGCUGAGAAGAAUGAAUCAGUUGAAGAGCUUAAAUCUUCAAACCAGGUUAUAGACGACUUAAAAGAGCAGCUUAGUUCUGAAGGGAAGAAACUACAACUUCAGUUAUCAUCCAUUUUGGAGGAAAAAAACUUGCUCAAUGAAACACAUCAAACGUCUAAGAAGGAGCUGCAAAAUGUCAUAGCACAUCUUGAAGAACAGUUGGAAGAAAUUAAGUCGAGUGAAGAUUCUCUGAAAAGCCGCAUCAAGGAGCUUGAAGAUCACUUGGGCAGUGCGGAGGCGCAAGGCAAAGAAGAGAAAGAGGCUAUGUCCAGUAAGGGGUCGGAGGAGCUGCAAGUUAAAAGCAAGGAAGUAGUAGUUCUACAAAACCAAGUCAAGGAACUUGAAGAGAAAUUGCAGCAGGCUGAUGCUAUAUUGAAGCAGAAGGAUAUUGGUGGCAGUAGUAGUGAUCGAAAGGAUGACCUAGAGGUGAAAUCUAGGGAUAUUGGAGAAAUGCUUUCUAUUCCAACGAAACGAAAGAGCAAGAAGAAGUUGGAAGUCUCUUCAACUCGACCAUCCUCCAGUGUGUCACAAGUUCAACACAUUGAAGGAUCUUCUGCCAUUCCCCUGAAAUUUAUUUUGGGGGUUGCUCUAGUUUCUGUUAUCCUGGGAAUAAUUCUUGGAAAAAGAUACUAGUUUCAAGGUUUUCGAGGUUUUGUCUUGGGUUAGAAUGUUUUUUUUUUUCCUUUGUGAUUUUUGAAAAACACUUUGAUCAUUAUUGUUGGUAUCUUAAUCGAUAGUUUGGGCUGGAAGUUAUUGGGGAACUGGUUUUCAUAUUUCCUUCAACUUAACUAAGUAAUCAAGGUUGUAUUUUGUUUUGCUCAUGAAUUUAUUUUAGAAGGCUUCGAUUGUGGAAGAUUCCUGGGAACGCUACCAGUUUGUUUCUUAAUGAAGUCAGAAGGUGUUUGGAUGGACU